GGGACUACUACAAUGGAAGAAGACACGGACAACUCAGAGACACCCAAAGCAAAAGACGUCAACAUGGAAUUGGAGGAAAUUCUUCAAUUGAUAGCAGACCUGGAUCGGAAGAGAGCGCUCUUCAAUGCGCGAGGGUUGGAACUGCGAACUUUUGCUAAGAGGCCACCUGAACGGUUUAAAGCAGAAGAGAAUGCAGAGGAUGCCUCCAGGUCUGCGUCUGCCACAAAGUCUUCGCGCGGUCAGGGCCACCAGCUGACCGUCCCUUACUCUGUCCCUCGAGCUCUGGCUGUGCCCCCAAGUCUGGGUGGGGACCCUGUGUCCCCAGAGCUGGCUGUGAGUCUUCGGAAGAUCCUUUUUGGCAAUGUGUUUCAUAUCUUCAACUAUGAGUGGAAGAAAUCUUUCUUUAAAUUCAGAGAGCCCUACUCAGUUCUGUCAUAUGCUUUGGAGGCAGAGCGGGGUGGUGCCCGAGCAAUUCAGAUGGUGGUUCAGGCAAAUAUAAUCAAAUAUCUCCUCUUUUCACGGAAGACCAACUCUGAUUGUUACGGCAUGCAGAGCCUGGAGGAGGUGGAUGAGAAGGAGCAGGAGCGUGCUCUGGCCUCUGCUCUGGCAGAUAUCCUGUGGACAGCUGGAGAUGAACAGGCUGCCACUGUUGCCCUGGUAACCUCAGAAUGUUGUUUCACCCCACUCUUGGACUACAAACCUGACAAUUUCACAGAGAGGCUACAGCUCUUCAGCUUUGCUAGAAAAGAAGACACAGAGAAGUUCAUCUAUGAGCAUAUCCAGUGUUUUAAAGAGGAGGGGAGCCAUGGAGUGAUCCUCUUUCUCUACAGCCUGAUUCUGUCCAGGACUAUAAAUAGGUUGAGGGAAGACCUGGACAGAACCACCACUCAUCUACUACAGCAGAGUUUGGGGAACUUUAUAUGUCGACAGGCACUGCUGAACCUUUUGCUGACUGGACGAGCCAAUCCUAAAGUCUUCAAUGGGACCCUGCUGUAUGAUGAGGAUGGUCAUCUGCUGGAGCACCCUCUUCAUGGGGUUCUGGCACGCAGUGAUGUUGGUUACCUGCACUGGAGCAGAGAGCAGCUAGAACAGGGCAAACUGCCAGUGGUUGGCAGCAUGUUGAAGACGCCAAAGCUGCCCAUCUGGGUAUGUAGCAUCAAUGACACCUACAGCAUCAUCUUCAGUCCACAUCGUUCGCUCCUCUCUGACUGGAAGAUGGAACAUCUUUUCCACCUGUACUUCUACAAUGGCCAGUCCACCCAGACCAGCACUGCUGUGCUAACCAUAGACACCCAUUCCCAUCACUGGGAGUUGGAGAAACGGGAUGUCCAGGGGGACCCCGAGAAGAGAUUCCCUUCUGUUGAGAUGACAAUUCGUACCAAAUGGGAAGGGGCAGCCAUCGACUGGAAUGGGACAGUGCCUUUCUUCUGACAAGGCUAAAUGGCAUCUGUGCUUGUCCUUAUUCAGUUCAAAGAAUAUGACACAAGCUAUAGAAAACAUGAGGUAUCAAAAUGUUGAGCUCAAAUCAACCACUUUUUGUGAAACUGGAACCAAAUGGCAGAUUCUACCUUUAAAAACAAACAAUUUUACAGUAACACAGU